CCCCACGCGCUCUUUAAACGGACUCUCUCUUCUGCAAGCGGACGGCCGCGAGAACACAGAUCGCCGCAGAUCCGCCGGCAGUGCAGCAUCAGCGCACCGCACCGCAGCGGACCGAACCGAACCGAAGCGAAGUGAACUGAAGCGGAGAGCGAAGAGCGCAGAAAAGGCGCCCAGUGCGAGAGGAUCAUCGCGGAGCAACAGCGGCGCAGGGAUCAUGGCUGUGGAGCGCUGCGCCUAGCGAGGGUACCAGUCGUCCGGUCAAGUCUCUUCUCAAUAGUCGCUCUCUCUGCUCUCGGACUCUCGCUUGGACCCGGGUUCGCGGCGAUCGCGCGCGAUGGACGCGCGCAGGAUACCUGUGGCUGUGCUCGCGCUCGUGUGCGCGCUGAGCGCGCUCUCCGCGGCGCAGUUCCCCACGCAGCUGCUAAUCAAGGAAUGGGUGGAACGCAUGCAGCAGGAUCUUGUCAAGUUGGCUGAGACGGCAAGUGGGGUUAACAACCUUGCGAAGAUUUUUUCCGAGCACAGGAAGCAGUACAUUGUGGAACCAAAUAACGCACGGCAACUCGUAGCCAGUGCUGCCAGGAACAUUGAGAUGCUGCUGCACAAGAGAUCAAUGGCCCUGAAGGAACUGGCGACAGCGGCGGAGAAUCUGCAGAAGAUGCAUCAGUGGAAGAACGACUUUGGGGAUGAUCAAAUUGUUUAUUACAACGCAAAAGACAACCUUGACUCCAAUGAAACGGAAGACCGUAAGGACAGGAUCCGUCCUGAAUUCAAGGAAGACCCAACCUUCAAACGCCUCAUUUCCUACAACCACACGGCUGUCCACAUUCCCACGGACAUCUACGAGGGCUCCACCAUUGUGCUGAACGAGCUGAACUGGACUGAGCAGCUGGAGGAGGUCUUCAAGAAGAAUCGGGAAGAGGAUCCAACGUUGCUCUGGCAGGUGUUUGGCAGCGCCACUGGCCUGGCUCGCUACUUCCCUGCUUCCCCAUGGAUCGACUCAAGGAAAACAAGUAAAAUCGACUUAUAUGAUGUCCGCCGGCGACCAUGGUAUAUACAAGGUGCUGCAUCCCCGAAGGACAUGCUGAUUCUUGUAGAUGCAAGCGGAAGUGUGUCAGGACUGACUCUCAAACUGAUCCGGACCUCUGUUAGCGAGAUGCUGGAGACCUUGUCAGAUGAUGACUAUGUCAAUGUGGCCUAUUUCAACGCCGAAGCCAACAGCAUCACGUGCUUUGACCACCUCGUUCAAGCCAACGUCCGCAACAAGAAGAUCUUGAAGGACGCCGUCCAGAACAUCACAGCCAAAGGGAUCACCAGCUACAAACUGGGUUUUGAGUAUGCAUUCAAGCAGUUUUUAAAUCCUAACGUGACAAGUGCAAACUGCAACAAGAUCAUCAUGCUGUUCACGGACGGCGGGGAGGAGAGGGCACAGGAGAUCUUUGAGAAGUACAAUCAAGACAAAAAGGUGCGUGUCUUCACCUUCUCUGUCGGACAGCACAAUUACGACAAAGGGCCCAUACAGUGGAUGGCGUGUACCAACAAAGGUUAUUACUACGAGAUUCCCUCCAUUGGGGCCAUCAGAAUCAAUACUCAAGAAUACCUGGAUGUAUUGGGCAGACCCAUGGUUCUGGCUGAUGAGAAGGCAAAACAGGUCCAGUGGACCAACGUCUACCUGGAUGCACUGGAGCUUGGCCUGGUCAUCACAGGAACACUGCCGGUCUUCAACAAAACUGAAACGAAGGUCACCAAAGACAGAACCCAGAAAAAGGUCCAGAACCAGCUGAUCCUGGGAGUGAUGGCGAUUGACGUGUCCUUGGAAGACAUUAAGAGGCUAACGCCACGCUUCACUCUCGGCCCCAACGGAUACUAUUUUGCGAUUGACCCCAACGGCUACGUCUUGCUCCACCCAAACCUCCAGCCAAAGAUUGCCAAAUUUCAGGAGCCUGUUACCCUGGACUUCCUAGAUGCUGAGCUGGAGAAUGAGAUUAAAGUGGAGAUCAGAACAAACAUGAUUAGCGGGAAGACUGGAGAAAAAUGGUUGGAGACGCUUGUGAAGUCCCAAGAUGAGAGAUACAUCGACCAUUGCAGCAGAACCUACACCUGGUCUCCAGUGAACAGCACAGAUUACAGCCUAGCGCUGGUGCUGCCGGAAUACAGCAUGCACUAUAUCCACGCCACCAUCGGGGACACAAUCACGCAGGCCAAAUCAUUUUUGGAGGAAAAGGUCUUUGAAAGCAUGCAAGUGGAGAACUUUGAGGACAAUGGGUACACAUUCAUUGCCCCCAGGGAAUACUGCAAGGACCUGAAGAUAUUGGACAACAACACAGAGUUCCUCAUGGACUUCAAUGAGUUCAUUGACAAGCAAACACCAAACGGUCCCUCAUGCAAUGUGUCUCUGGUCAACCGCCUGCUCCUGGAUGCUGGGUUGACCACCAAGCUGGUCCAGUUGUGGAAGAUGCAGGACCCGCAGGGGGUCCUCGCCAGGUUCGUGGCCACAGACGGCGGUAUCACACGUGUUUACCCAAAGAGUGCUGGAGAGACAUGGACAGAGAAUCCAGAGACCUAUGAAUCAAGCUUCUACAAGAGGAGCUUGGACAAUGAUAUAUACAUCUUCACCGCUCCUUUUUACAAUGAAAGCGGGGCAGCUGCCAUUGAAUUCGGCAUCCUGAUCAGCAGAUCAGUAGAUCUGAACAUUGAUGGAGUGAAGCUGAAGCCGGCUGUGGUUGGCAUCAAACUCAGUGUUACAGACUGGAUGGCGAACUUCACGAGCAUUACUGUCAAGGAAAAUUGCAAGGAUGAGAUCUGUGGCUGCUUGAGGAACGAUGAGCACAUCGACUGUGUCAUUUUGGAUGACGGUGGCUUCCUCCUGAUGUCCAAUCAGGAUGAUUACAUCAGUCAGAUCGGCCGCUUCUUUGGCGAAGUCGACCCGAUCCUGAUGAAGACUCUGGUGAACACAUCCCUGUACUCCUUCCAUAAGACGUAUGACUACCAGUCAGUGUGCAAGCGUGAAAGGGAGACGAAAGCUGCAGCCGGCCUUCGCUCCGUCUAUGUGCCCACAAUAGCAGACAUCCUCCAGGUGGGCUGGUGGGCCACAGCGGCGGCCUGGUCGAUACUGCAGCAGCUACUUGUUAGUCUCACAUUUCCAAGCUUCCUGGAAGCAGCCGACACGGAGGACGACUUCUCCGAGUUCCACUCCAAGGAGAGCUGCAUCACGGAGCAGACACAGUACUACUUUGAGGGCAGUGAAAGGUCCUAUGCCGGGGUGCUGGACUGUGGAAACUGUUCCAGGAUGUAUCAUGCUGAAAAACUCCAGAGCACAAAUUUAGUGUUCCUCAUCAUGGACAGUAAGAAAACCUGCCCAUGUGAGCAAAACCAGAAGCCACUGAUUCAAGCAGAGCAGCAGUCCACGGGCCCAGAUCCUUGCAAGCUAGCAGAGAACCCUAGAUACAGAAAGGGGCCCGAAGUGUGUUUUGAUAACGAUGAAAAUGAGGACUAUUCUGACUGUGGCGGAUGUUCCGGACUGACUCCGCCGCUCUGGGCCAUGGUAGUCAUUCAGCUGCUGUUGCUGUGGCUCCUGAGCAGCUCCACAGACUAUGCGUCGUGACCCACUCCUCCUCCUCCUCUUAAGCAGCGAACUGAGCACCACCCGGACGCAUACAUUUCAACACACUGCAAAAAAAACGUGCUUUGUGAGACUCGACAUUGACCUGAGGUGUGAAGGCAAAUUACCGCGCUGGAAGUAAAUGGACUGAGGUGCUGCCCUCUGCCCAGUCCUGCAGGACUCAAACGGUUCUGUAAGGUUCAAAAACAAAUGGUCUAAAGGCAAAAGUUCCCGCAAAAGCCAAUGAUCGAGCUGCCUUCCCCUCUAAGGGCAAGUGCAAGGAUGGCUGCUUUAUUCACACCUAGAAGGGUUGUGCUUUUUUCUUCUGAGGGCAAAGAAAGAGUGUAUUAUACUGCCAGAAGUUGCAAAAUGAGGACGUGCUGUCCCAUCCAUCAUGUACUAUACUUUUUGCAUUAUUAUUAUUAUUAUUAUUAUUAUUAUUAUUUAUAAUAAUAAUUUUUUAUCUGGGGAUGGCUCUCAGAUUGGUGAUCUGUUCAGUGAUAUUUGCAGUAUGCAGAGUAUCUUGAAUACUGCAGUAAGACAGGUAGAGUAAAAGGACAAAGGGAAACCUGUGGAACUGUAAGCGUGUGGUUCUUUCGUUUGAUAUUGCUUUGAAAGGCUAAAAAUCUUUGUAUUCCAUCGGGGGGGAUUUAAUAGGCACAAACCCAUAUUUUGAUUCAUAUGUGCCCUUAAUGUCGGAAAAGAUGCAGAAUGUUUUAUGAUCACUGGUUCUUGUUCAAAAUACCACAGUGUACCACAUGCUGAGUCCUUCAUCUGCCUGUGAUUGUGGUUUUAUUUCUAGUAUGUUUUAAAUACCGAGAGCUAGGCAGACAUAUUAUUUGUGUUGAAGGUGUUUUUUUUUUCUUUUUCCUUUUGCAGAAUAAACCUUGUUAAACCUUUUGUUAAAUUUUUAAACAUGAAAGGUAUUUUUGCAUGAUGCUCUAUUUAUCUUAUGUUGCAUCCAUUGUGUUCUGAUUGUACCUAUAUUUAACUGCAAAAACGUGAAGUGAGAAGCUAAUGAGCCAAAAAGAAA